CAAGGAGGAAAUCUUCGGCGCCAGCGGCGGCGGCGGCGGCAGCAGCAGCAGCAGCAACACGAAGAGCGCCACGCCCGCCCCUUCAGCUUCCCACGGCCGGUUCUUCCACGACCCCGCAGCGGGGGCGGCGGCGGCGCCCGCAAGGCCAGCACCGAGUACCCUGCCCUCCGACCCGGCAGCCUCGUCGCCGUCACCCUCUUGGAACAAGGGCCACCCCAAACAACAGAAGAAGCAGUCCUCCACCACGGUGCGCCUCGUAGCCAUGAUGGCCACCGCCUCCGCGGUGCUCCUGUGCACCCGCGCUGCCACCGCUGCUGCUAGCCCGGGCGGCGGUGUGCGAGCCGCCGCUGCUGCCGCCGGCAAGGAGGCGCAGCAGAACCGUUGCGCCGAGCGCAUCGAGAGGAGACGCGGGCUGGGCGUGCCGCCAGACCGAGAGCAGUGCGCGGGAGUGCUGCCGGACUCGUUCAUGAUGCAGCAUGGUGGUGGUGGUGGCGAGGACGGCCGCGACUCCGAGUCGUGGCUGGUCUCGGUGCACGUGGACCGGGCGCCGUCUUCCGUAGACCUGUCGAAGCGAUUGCGAGGGGCUGCACCUCUGCACAGGAGCCUGCCCCACCAAUACUACGUCCGAGCGAUGGAGGCCUCGCUGCACAGCAUCGCCGUCGCCGAGCCGGGGGCCCACGUGGACGUGGCCAUCUUCAGCGAGGGGCAGUGGGGCGGCAUGGUCGACGAGAUGGGGCUUCCGCUCUACUGGGACGUUGCCGGAGAGACUUGCGAUGAUCUCGGCCUUCACUGCUCCCAGCACGUUGUCCUGCUGAACGAGCGCACCGCCCCGGAGUCGUCGCAGUCUUUGGAGUGCAUCGCGGCUUCGGACUUGUUCAUCGCCAGCGAGAGCAAGUUCUCCAGGGCUGGCGCGGUCCUCUCCGACCACGUAAAGGUGCUGACCGACCGAUGGGAAAUGGACGAGGAGGAGAUGAUGGUGGCUCUGAACCCGGCCACGACGAUCGCAGGGAUGCCGGACUCGCAGCGGCAGCUCCUGCGAACGCUCGUUGCCGACUACCAUGAGUGCAGCGCCUCGAGUGCAUAAGAGAGAGAAGAGAGAUCAUUUUUUUUCAUGUCAACCCGAACGUUGAUCGGCUUUUCCACGAGUUCCUCGCGAGAGAAGCAAGGAGAGCAUCAUCUUGUUUCGCUUCCUUCACGGUGGUUCGACAAGAGUUAUCUCUCGGCACGGUAACCAAAUUUCAACGGUAGCACCAAGGGUGGUAUGCAGGGUUGGCUGGCUGGGCGGAUUGGUCAUUUUGGUAAACCAACUGCGGUUCGGUGGUAGUACUGGUGGUAGUAAUAGUCUUAUCGGCUGGAUGGUUAGCUGGCCAACAUCGAUAUCGAUCAGUACUGUUUAUGUCGGUGUCCAGGCAGGUCAGGUAGGUGCCUUGCGCUUGAUCGUAGCGCAACCUUAACCUUCCCACUACGUAUCCCGUGACGAGCGAUGAUUACUUCCCAGUAUUUGUGUAAAAAGCGUUGUUUGCACGAGACACACACACCUAGACCUUUCGCGUUGUUUCGUAUCCUUUCAUUGGUACAUGUCUGUGGUAUGGCUUCCCUUGCGUGGGUGCUUGGGGAGGGGUUGCCAGGCUGCCUGGCCUUCAGACCUUGUGGCUGUUUUAUGGUGUCAUCCGUGUGCGUGUGGGGUUUCUUGGAUAUUGUCCGAGGUGUGUGUGUUCUUAAAUUGCCUUUCUUGUUGGCUUGGGUGGUGGUGAGGUAGCGGAGUACGCGUAGCGUCGUCGUUCAUUGGGGGCGCUCGACUCAAGCUUACGUUUGUCGUGCUCUUUCUACGAGAGUACGUCCGUUUCAUCAAGCAGUCCCCCCCCGUCCACCGUAGGCAAUAGGUAGUGUUGUUUUCGUGUUAUUUGUCUUGUCCCCCCCUCUUGAGAGAGGGACGAAAGUAGUGGUAGUCAUGUGUGUGUUACAGCUGGCAAUUCUUUAGGUUCCAUCCUUUCUAUCUAGUUCAGUUGGUCGUGUGUUUGUUGUUGUCGAGGUUGUUUUUCCUUUUUUCGUGGUUGGUUGGCAGGCAUUUUGUUUCUUUUUCCGUCUUGGUUACUGACAGAACACAGUCGGUGGGAGUUUGCGUCGUUUAGGAAGCUACGCGACGAACGGCGAGAAGAGGGGAAGGGAGAAGGAAGAUGUAAAAAGAAUAAAACGAAUUUAUUACAAUG